AUGGAAAACGAUCAUAAAACCGUCGAGGAGGGACUUGAAGAGGAUGUUACCAGGAGGCCAAAAAUUGAGCUUGAAAGUGGCUUAGGCAGUGCUGAUGCUCCGCCUCAGCCAAAUGAGACUGCUCAGAUUAGUCUUAAAGAAGAGGAUUCAAUUGCAGUCAAAUCCGAAAAGCCUACUCCUCAAUCCAAAUUCGAUCUAAGCGACAUCAAAACAACUAGUCUAACCGAGCCAGGAAUUUCCAUUCUGAAUAUUAUCGAGAAUGCCCUGAAUUCGACAAGUCCGGGGAGCGCCAGUAUCGCCGCCCAGGGCCUGGACCUCCUUUGCCCAUCUACCAAAUCCACUGAGGUUGGAGAUUAUAUAUGGGUUCUCUGGACCAUGCUCUUGGAGGUUGCUCAGGCGUUGCCCCCCGACUCGGAUAAACCAGGCCAGGGGACCCUUGUAGCGAUUCUCUUUGAGCUACAGCAAUGUGCCAAGGGAGAUGUGAGCCUUUGGGGGAGCGAGUGGCGCUUGUGGAGAGACCUCCCAUUGCUGUCAAAUUUUAUGGAUGAAACCUGGACUGACCCCGUGAGAAAUGAUGAAAUUCUUGAGCAAGAAUCAGCGAGGAUGUGGCGGAAUCAAAAUGCCUUUGCCGCGCGAUGUGUCGGAGCGGGUGUAGGGGAGUGGGCACACUUUGGGAUCUGGCAGCUGCGAGCAGCCCUAGAGGAAGAUAGAGCGGCAGAGCAGUCCGAGAAUCGGGAAUGCCUCAUUCAGGUCGCAAGUGAGUGGGUUAUUCACUCUGGCCCAAGGUUGCUGCAAUGGGCGGAGGAUGAGGACAAGGAACCAUUUGACUGGGGUACUGAUGUUGCCGCUGGAAGUUUGUUCCAAGGCAGCCCCGGCUUAUCUCUUAGGCGCUGGAAAUUUUGGAAAGAUCGAUUCAACGAAGUCAGCAAAGACACGGCAUUGUGCAACGAAGGAGCAAGAGUGGCAGCGCGAGAAGCAGUUGAGAGCAUGGUUGAGGCAGAAACCCGACUAGGAAAUGAAUCAACCUAA